ACUAAAUGUCUCUGUAAUCUGUAGAAUAAUUUGUAAUAAGGGGUAAAUCACACUGUUAUGUAUUGUUCUCUGUUUGAUUUGUUUUGUUUGUUUAUCAGGUAUUGUUUAAUGCAGUUCUGAUGAUAAUGUCAUUAUUCUAAGAAUAAAGGUUUUAUUGUAACGGCUGAUCUGUUCUCAGGGGUCGGUGUCGGCAGUGUUCAGCUGUGUGUGAAUGAAGAAGAGUAAAUGAUGGAUCUUCAGAACUCCAUCAGUGGAGGAGGACCUCCUGUCCUAAAGGAGAAGAGAGCAGCAUCUCCAGCCCCCAGUGGAGUGUCUAUGAAGAGUGACGCGGCCAUGGAGAAACCUCCUGAUCUCAGCAGUGGAGGAGGAAGCUCUGGGUCUCGAACUGAAACCCAGAGAGGAGCUUCUCCAGAGCCCAGCUGUGUUUCUAUGAAGAGUGACGCGUCCAUCAGAAAUCGUCCUAAUUUCAGCAGUGAAAAUAUGACCUCUGACCCACAAACUAAAACCCAGAGAGGAGCUUCUCCAGAGCCCAGCUGUGUUUCUAUGAAGAGUGACACGUCCAUCAAGAAUCGUCCUGAUUUCAGCAGUGAAGAUAUGACCUCUGACCCACAAACUAAAACCCAGAGAGGAGCUUCUCCAGAGCCCAGCUGUGUUUCUAUGAAGAGUGACACGUCCAUCAAGAAUCGUCCUGAUUUCAGCAGUGAAGAUAUGACCUCUGACCCACAAACUAAAACCCAGAGAGGAGCUUCUCCAGAGCCCAGCUGUGUUUCUAUGAAGAGUGACACGUCCAUCAAGAAUCGUCCUGAUUUCAGCAGUGAAGAUAUGACCUCUGACCCACAUAAGAAGAAAAAAAACUAUUCCAGAGAAACACUGGACCACAUAUUCCAGGAGCUACAGGAGAAGUUUAUCUCUCUAGUGAAGAACAAGCUGAACACAUUCAAGAAGCUCCUGAGUCCAGAUUACCCAGCAUGCUCUGAGAGAGAGUUGGAGGAUGAUCAGAGGGAGGGGGUGCUCAAGGUCACACUGCACAUCCUAAGGAACAUGAAUCAGACAGACCUCGCUAACACUCUAGAGAGCAAAUUAGCCCCAGCAUGCCAACGAAGACUCAAAUCUAAGCUGAGAGUUAAAUAUCAGAGACUUAAUGAAGGAAUCUCAGGCCAUGUAAAGUCAGCACUUCUGAAUGAGAUCUACACAGAGCUCUACAUCACAGAGGGAGAUGGAGGAGAUGUCAAUCAGGAACAUGAGGUGAAGCAGAUUGAAGCUGCAUCCAGGAAAAAAACAACACAGGAAAGACCAAUCAAAUGCAAUGACAUCUUUAAACCCUUACCACAACAGAACCAGCCCAUCAGAACUGUACUGACUAAAGGAGUUGCUGGAAUUGGAAAAACAGUCUCUGUGCAGAAGUUCAUUCUAGACUGGGCGGAAGGAGAAGUAAAUCAAGACAUUCUCUUUAUAUUUCCACUUCCUUUUAGAGAACUGAAUCUGAUGAAGGAGAAGAAGCUCAGUCUGGUGAAUCUUCUUCAGAGCUUCUUCCCAGAAACUCAAGAUUUUAAACCAAGACAUUAUAAGAGCUACAAGAUCAUGUUCAUCUUUGAUGGUCUGGAUGAGUGUCGCCUGUCUCUGGAUUUCCAGAACAAUGAGAACUUGGUGAAUAUAGAAGAACAAACUUCAGUGGAUGUUUUGCUGACGAAUCUCAUCAAGGGGAAUCUGCUUCCCUCUGCUCUCCUCUGGAUCACCUCUCGACCAGCAGCGGUCAGUCAGAUCCCUCCUGAGUGUGUUGACCGGGUAACAGAAGUGCGGGGUUUCAGUGACCCUCAGAAACAGGAGUUCUUCAAGAAAAGGAUCAGUAAUCAGGACCUGGCCAACAAAGUCUUUACACACAUCAGGUCUUCAAGAAGCCUCUACAUCAUGUGCCACAUGCCAGUCUUCUGCUGGAUUACAGCCACUGUUCUAGAGAGUAUGCUGAGUAAAGCUGAGAGUGGAGAAAUUCCCAAAACCCUGACGCAGAUGUUCACACACUUCCUGAUCUUUCAGAUCAAACAGAGCCAGAGGUACAGUGGGAACAGUGACUUUGAUCCUCAGCAGACUAGGAAAAGUAUCUUGGCUCUGGGGAAACUGGCAUUCCAGCAGCUAGAGAAAGGAAAUCUGAUCUUCUAUGAGGAAGAUCUAAGAGAGAGUGGCAUCAAUAUUAGAGAAGUGUCAGUGUACUCAGGAGUGUGUACCCAGAUCUUUAGAGAGGAACUUGAGCUGCACCUGGGGAAGGUCUUCAGCUUUGUACAUCUGAGCGUUCAGGAGUUUCUUGCUGCUUUAUAUGCAUUUCUCUGCUUCACUGACAGAAGCGUUCUGAAUCAGCAAACCACUGAAAACCAAAACACUGAACUAUCUGAACUCUUCAGCAAGUCAACAAUUACUGACUUCCUCAGCAGUGCCAUAGACAGAGCCUUACAGAGUGAGAGUGGACACCUGGACCUGUUCCUUCGUUUUCUUCUGGGUCUCUCAUUGGAGUCUAAUCAAACUCUGUUACGAGUUGUACUGACCCCGAAAGAGAGGAUCUCUCACAGCAGUGAAGAAAUAGUCACAUACAUCAAGAAGAAGAUUGAGCAAAACUCAUCUCCAGAGAAAUCCAUCAAUCUGUUCCACUGUCUGAAUGAACUGAAUGAUCAUUCUCUAAUGCAGGAAGUGCAGAAAUACCUAAGUGUAGGUGAUCGUCAUCCUCAAAAGGUCAGGCUGUCUCCUGCUCAGUGGUCAGCUCUGGCGUUUGUGUUGAUGAACUCAGAAGAAGAGGAACUGGAAGAGUUUGACCUUAAUAAAUAUGAUCCAUCAGAGGAGUGCUUUCUGAGGCUGCUGCCAGUAUUUAAAAUGUCCAAAAGAGCCAUACUAGCUUUAUGUAAUCUUGGAGUAAAGACGUGUGAAAAUCUGGAAUCAGUUUUAAACCUGGAAAACUCUCCCCUGAAAGAGUUGGACCUCAGUAACAAUGACCUGCAGGAUUCAGGAGUGGAGCUGCUUUCUGCUGGACUGAAAAGUUCACACUGUAAACUGCAGAUUCUCAGAUUAUCUGGUUGUAUGAUCACAGAGAAAGGCUGUUGUUCUCUGGCUUCGGCUUUAAUUUCAAACCCCUCCCACCUGAAAGAGCUGGAUCUGACCUACAACCACCCAGGAGAGUCAGGAGUGAAGCUGCUUUCUGCCAGACUGGAUGAUCCACACUGCAAACUGGAGACGCUCAGAGUGGAACAUGGAGGGAAGAUCAGAAUCAAACCUGGAUUAAAAAAAUACGGCUGUGAUUUCACACUGGAUCCAAACACAGUGCACCCUCGUCUCUCUCUGAGUGAGGAGAACAGGAUGGUGGAGAAUAGAGAGGAGCUGCAGUCGUAUCCUGAUCAUCCAGAGAGGUUUGAUGUGUGGUAUCAGGUUCUGAGUAGAGAGAGUGUUACUGGGCGCUGUUACUGGGAGGCCGAGUGGAGCGAAGGAGGAGGAGUUACUGUAGCUCUGAGUUAUAAAACCAUCAGCAGGAAAGGAGACGGACCAGACUGUAUGUUUGGAGAGAAUAUAAACUCCUGGAGAUUGUUCUGCUCUGAGAACAGUUACUCUGUUCUUCACAAUAAUAAAAGAACUGAUCUCAUCCCUCCUCCCUUCGGCUGUAGGAGAGUAGGAGUGUAUGUGGACUGUCCCGCCGGCACUCUGUCCUUCUACAGCGUCUCCUCUGAUACACACACACACUCACACACACCCUCACACACUCUCACACACUUACACACAUUCUAUACCACCUUCACUCAGCCCCUCUAUGCAGGGUUUAGGGUUUUAUUGGGCUCCUCAGUACGUCUGUGUAAGAUAGAAUAACCCUGUGUGUAACAGAGUGUGUGUGUCUUUGAGUGUGUGUGUGUGAGGGAGAAUGUAUGUAUGAAUAUUAAUUAUGUAAAUAUUUUAUAUAGAUGAUUUUGUGAAUUACAGUUAUCUUUAUUCACUACUCAAAUCAAAUCAAAUUUAUUUGUAUAGUGCUUUUUACAACUGAUGUUUUCACAAAGCAGCUUUACAGAAACAUGAUCACAGGACAAAGAAUCAGGCAAAACAUUAAACAUAGAAAAUAGAAGGCAGAGAGAUGGAAUUAGUUUUAACUGGAUUCAUGUAAAACAGAGACUAUAAAACAUUAUCAGAGUGUGGCAAACUAAUGACUUCGGCAGAUCUGAAUAAAACAGCCUAACUAAAUGCAGAGAGCCAGAAGGUAACAUAGACACGAAGGCUCCCUGAAACACCGGCAUCCACCCACUCCGCCGUCCACAAACCUGAGUGACCGUGUGCAGUGGGAGAACAACAGCACCAGCAUCUCAGUUUACCACAACUCCUUAUGAAUCCCUGGAUCUGCAGCCUUAUCUAGAGGGAAAAUACCGAGAAGUACCAGUAGGGAAACAGCCUUGGUCAGCGGCAAGAAGCAGAUCAUUUGUUAUGUUAACUAAAGCUGUCUCAGUGCUAUGAUGAGGCCUCAAUCCAGAUUGAAAUUUUUCAUAGAUCUGGUUUCUUUACAGGUAAGAGCAAAGUUGUUGGGCUACAGCUUUUUCUAAAAUCUUAGAAAUAAACAGUAAGUUUGAAAUAGGUCUAUAGUUAGACAGUACACUAGGCUCAAGAUUUAGUUUCUUGAUCAGAGGUUUAAUUACAGCUGUUUUAAAGGCUUUGGGUACAUGGCCUAGGGUGAGUGAUGAGUUUACUAUCAUUAACAGAGGUUUAAUUAUAUCUGGUAGUACCUGUUUUAAUAAUUUUGUGGAGACUGCAUCAAGUGUGCAGGUUGUGCUGUUUGAUGCCGCACCAGAUGACAAACAGGAUGUGCUACUUAUCUGUUUAAUUUUGUCCCAAAUGUUCUCAAUUUUCUUAUCGAAGAAGUCCAUAAAAGCAUUGCUGGUGUGAAUGGCUGGAAUCUGAGGUUCAGUACCUGCCUGGUUUUUAGUUAGUUUGGAAAUAACACUAGAAAGAGCUCUAGGAUUAUUUUUAUUUAUCUCGAUCUGUGAGGCCAGAUUAAGCUGCUUUAUUAAGUUCUUUUCUAUAUUUGACAAGACUGUCUUUUCACGCAGAGUGAAACACUUCCAGUUUAGUUGAUCGAUAUUUACGCUCUAAAUAACUACAUAACUGCUUUAAGGUACGAGUUUGAUUAUUGUACUACGGUCUGUUUAUUUUAUGUUUAAGGGGUGCUACACCAUCUAAGGUGGAGCAAAAGGUAUUUUCUAAACCUUCGGUUAGUUUGUCUAGUUCUACAUUAUAGUUGUACAUUAUAGAUGAUAAAUCGUGAAGCUUACCUGUAAAUUGUUGGGAUGUAAAAUGCAUUAUUGAACGUUUCAUAGAGUAGCUAGGGGAUGUACAUAUGUUAUGACUAAGAUGUAAUUUAAAUGAAAUAAGGUAAUGAUCUGAAAUUGCGGUGGUUUGAGAACAAAUAUUCAGGUUAUCUAUGCUCACACCCAGGGUCAGAACUAAAUGCACAGUAUGAUUACACUAAUGAGUGGGUCCUGUUAUAUUUCGAACUACUACUACUGUUAUCCCUUAUUCUGUACUUUGUGUUAAUUAUUCUGUUAAUUAAAUUAUUCUGUUAGUCAUUAUUUUAUUUCAUUGUAAAAUGGAUUCAUAUUAUUAAAGCUGAAUAAAUGAAGAAAUGGGCAACUGGAAAGGUGAACAGGAGACUGAUGA